AUGAACGUUUCCUGCCUUCGCCUAGGCUCCCGGGUCGGGAGGCCAGCCUUCCUCCCUGCCCGGGCACUGUCGGCCGUCAGCGUGGGCGCGCGAUCGUACUCCUCGACCGGCGUGAUGGCCACCCGGGCGGAGGCCGCCGCCGCUGACGACGACGACGACGACGACGAGCUCGCCCACCCCGCCCUCACCCCCCUGGAUGAGGUCCCAGCUGUCAAGUGCCAGCUAGUCAAGCAGGCCCUGGAGCUGAUCAAGAGCCCAAACUUGCUUGUAGCCCCCUCCCCAGAUAGGGCGCCUCGCAAUGGGCUCUUCUCCCUGUGGAAGCCGCCCGGCUUGACGUCCUUCUAUUGCCUGGAGGUGAUGGGCCGGUCACUUGCGAGUGAUCUGAUCCGGCGCAUCGAGGCCGGGGAGUUCCCCCCGGCUGGGGGGUCCCCGUCGGCCAAGGGCUCUUCACCGGCCGGGCGGCCACCGGAAGAGGAGGAAACCAUGCCGGCACACCUGGCCGCCAGGAAGGUGGCUCGAGGCCUGCGGGUCGGUCAUGGCGGCACGCUGGACCCCCUGGCAUCGGGUGUGCUGGUGGUCGGCGUCGGACGGGAAGGCUGCCGGAACCUGACCGGCGCGCUGACCGAGCACCGGAAGUCCUAUGUGGCGCGGCUGCGCCUCGGCGUGUCGACUAGCACCUCGGAUCGCGAUGGGGCGGCCCUCUGGGGGUCGGCCAUGCACUCGGCUUCCGACGAGCAGCCCCCCGAGGGGGAUGCCUUCACGGGGCCUUUCAGUCGGGCGAGCCUCAUCCGGCGCUUUGGCACGGCCAAUUUGGCCGCCCUGCCGGUGGGCAUCCUCCAGGCUGCCCUGCGGGAGCACAUUGCGGCCUUGGUCGGCGAUCACCUCCAGACGCCGCCGAUCCAGUCGGCCAAGCAGCGCAAUGGCCUGCGCCUGUACCAGACCUUCCGGUAUCUGCUGGAGCAUGGCCACAUCGAUCGGGCCCUGCUGCAGGAGCACCACGAGGAACUGAUCCUCAGUAAGAAGCGCCCGGUCACCCUGGCCAAGAUCAAUCGCGACAACCGCGUGGUCCGGCGGAAGCUGGCCCUGGCCGGGUUCGACUCGCCAGCCACAUUGGACUAUCUCGGGGCCACCUUCCUGUCCUUCGCCCUGGGCGAGCCUCAGCCCCGGCCGGAUGCCGACCUGGCGCGUGCCUUCGCCGAGCGCCCUCUGGAUGUGGAACUCCUCGGGCCCGAGUCCGGGCCCCACAGCAAGACCACGGCCGCCGGGUCGGCCCAGCAGGUCGACCACCGGGAUAUCUUCCAAAUGGCCGGGUCCUACCUGCCCGAGACCAGCCAGGUGACCCUCUUUGGUGCCACGGUGCUGGAUGCCCCGUCGCCCGUGCUUCCGGCCCCGGGCCCGGGGGGCGAGUCCCUCGACCAGCAGGGGCUCACCCUGGCAAGCCCCAGCGCCACGUUGAAUUUGGAGCACUGCCUCGAUGUGGACAUCGACAUCCACUGCUCCUCUGGCUUCUAUGUCCGGUCUCUGAUCGAGUCGGUCGGCCGUUCCCUCGGGUGCGGCGCGCACAUGGUUCAGCUUUGCCGGACAUCGCAAGGACCCUUCGACCAGCGUGUCUCUCUCGACUUGGCCAACCUCAAGUGGAAGGACCUGGACAGAUUCCUCUGAAUGCCCAGGCCCCCUGUCCGGCUCGAAUAAUACACCCCCCUUAGACGUCCGAA